AAAAAAGUAAAAUUGAAAUGUCAUCCGAGGUGAUAGAACAAAAUUUCAACAACAAAAGAGAAUAAUAAUUAGAAAUUCAAUCGACGAAAAGUAUUCAAUUAAAAUUUACACAAACACUGCAUUGAUGCAGCGACCGUUCACAGAGCCGAAGUGUAAUAAUCAAAUUUAGUUUUCGUUUGUGUUUCGACAUUCAAUUCAAUACGUUCACCGUUGUUGUACAAAUAAAAUUUGAUUUUAAUUUUACUGCAAAUCGUCAUUAAAGAAAGAAGAAAAUGGAUGAGGAACAUGAAUCGGAUAGGUCUGAGUUCAAGGCCAAGCGUUUCAAAGAAUUGGGCUUUCAUCCACAAAAGGAGAUCCCAGCGAAUCGAUUGCUUCCGUACGCGGAUCAAUUGGACAGGGAAUCGAAUGCUAUGUUAACCGAUAUAAAAAACAAUUUGGCGAAAACGGUGGCUGUUCGUGACUUCAAACCUGGUGUUACGUUGAUAUUGCAGAAACUGUCACAUUACAUCAAACUCUAUGGCAUGAAAUUUUCGAAAGAGGAUCACAUCAAAUUCAUUAAGCUCCUGUUGCAACUGAUCGAGAUUCCUUCAAUCGAACCAGUACGUCUCAAUCGAUUUUGUUCGCUUCUUUCUCAACUCUUACGAAAAACAUCUUGGCUCUCGCCGGACGAUAUUGAAAUUGACUGGAAGCCGCUGUAUAAACUGAGCCAACUGUUUAUCCGGAAAAAUACAUCAAAGGACGAACUUUAUCGCUAUUAUUCGAAUAAAAACAAACCGAAAUCCAAUGGCAGACCAGCCACAUUUGCUAAUUUCCAAUUGCAAACGACCAAUAAUUUACCUGGUUUCUUUACUACGAUUCCGGCCGAUGACGAGUCACUCGAGACGAACCUUCAAUGUAUCAUACAACAGUGCAGUCCAUAUUUCGCUAAAGGUGCAACGGCCGAAAUUUUGGCAGAAAUGUACCCGAAAUUGUCUCCACUAGAUACUGGCAGAUCAUGCGAUGCAUUCGGAAUGUUGUCCCUAUUUCUGAACACGUGCAACAACUUUGAAUUGUGGUUUGCAGACUGCAUGGAUCUGUGGGAUGCGUACCAUAAUCCAUCGUGGAAUUAUGAUAUCAUGAAUUUGGCAGCUAUGGUGGCUAAUGAAAAUAUCGGUUUGAUCGAUUGGGAACCGUACAUACCAACAAUGUUUACGAGAAUAUUGCGCUCACUGGAUUUGCCUGUUUGUUACAAAAAUAUGAAAAGUUUGCGCGGACAGCAGUUGUGGUCUGGCUCAGUAUCUUUGUGGAUUGUUUCGACCCUUGGACCAAAGAGUUCAUGUCAGAAGUAUUUAGCGAAAUUCCUUGGUGCUAUCGAAUCAUAUUUACACCCAGCUAAUUCUGGGAAGUGGGUCAGUGCAAUCGCAGAGAUAAUUGUACAUUUACCGAAAUAUUUUUUCGAUCGUCUCAUUCGCGAGCGGUACCGUAAACAUCCAUGGAAGAGACAAACAGCUGAUGAGCACAAGCUUACGGAAAAUUGUAUCACCGAGUUCGUAGAGUGCCUGAAGCCUAUUGCAUUUCAAGCAAUAUAUUCGCGUGUCAGUCCAUCCGAUGUGGGCCGACUAUUCAAACAUCUUGCCGACCUUCGUCCGGAAUUGAUCAUUCCAGGCAUCAUUGAUCGAGUAUACGCUACGCUUGAUUCACUAACCGAACCACACAAAAUGACGGCCGCAUUGCAGUGUCUGGUUAGUGUGUCACGCGCCCUGGUUUCCGGUCACAACGGCUACACAGCUGGAAAAACGCACGUGAUUCCAAUAUUGUAUCUAACACUGCCGGGCAUCGAUCCCAACGAUUUUCGCAAGACAACGAUAACAUUAGAAUUUUUAACAUCAUUUGCCCUGCUCGUACCAAUCAUCGACUGUUCGAAAGCUGGCCAGUACUAUGACGAUUUAACCGAAGACGAAAUCAUCGUUUGCGAUCAGACAGCCGAAUUCGAAGCGUUCGUGCUGCAAUACAUGGACAAGGUGUUUAUGUUGAUCGAAUCGAGUUCGCAAGAAACCAUUCGAAUGGAAUCGGAUACGGAAAGCUUACGAUCAAAGUUGGAGAGCAUCGCCGAAUCUGUACUGCAGUCGAGUACUCAUGGCCUUCUGGGACAAUGUUCGACGGAAAUUAAAAUGUCCGCAACUCGGAAACUGAUUGAUUUCGUCAAAACGCAUCUAUUCGAACCACGAGUGUCGGCCCAUCUCGUCGCCAGUUUGGUGCGAGUUUUUUGUCGUGUUGCUGGUUCUGAAAUGCGAAAAUUAUUUGUGCCUUACCUAAUCACAACCAUCCAGUCGUACAUAGACGAUCACGAUGACAUUGCCGAAAUCGACAAGCAAAGCGACGAAAUGUUGUACUACAUCAUUCUACUGACAUCGGUCGCUCGUGGCGAUCCAAUCGAAAUAAUUCAAUUCGUCGAUCAAUUGGUUCCCAUUAUUGAUCAGAUUUCAAAGUACCAGUGCAAAUUGACUAAUCGAUACGCCAAUUCCAUGUUGAUGAAUAUCCUCAGCAAUGUCAGCACUUUGCAAACCAUCGAUGUGCGAAGCUGUCCGGAGAGUUUCGAGAAGCCGUUAAGUGAAUUUUUACCGGUGCGACACUGGGGCUACAAGUCUGAACUUCCAAUAAAAUGGUAUGUACCGGAUGAAUCAGCGCGGAAAUGCUGUGAAAUGCUGAUCCAUCGGUAUCUGCUGCCGAUACUGGAACAGUUUGAAAAGUAUUGCGACGGCGAAAUCUCAUUGACACGUGAUGAAGUGUUGCGCGAUACGUCCACUGUACUUGCAUUGUUGAAGUGUGCCAACUUCUUACCAAAUUGGACAGAUGAAUCACUGAUCAAUUUCAGUGGCUCAGUGGGCGAGGAAUUUCAGAUCGACAUAACGCUUGGCUUUGAGGACAAGACAAUUUCUAUGCCUGACGGUUCGAAUGUGCGUAAGCAAAUUAUCAAAACGUUCACCCGAUUGCAGGAAAAAGUUUUACGUGAUUCGGAGGACGAUAUCAAGUCACUGAAAGCGAUCAUAAUGCUGUGGGAGCGGGUGCAUCAGAAAAAGCAUCACACCACGCCAUUCGACACGCAGCUUAAAAGCUUCAAAAAUUUGAAAACUUUCCAAGAAUUCAAUUUGACAAAACGCAAACGAGAUAUUCGAGCCAUAACGGCCACACGGGUUCUGAUGCAACAGGAUUGUCGUGACGAACUGACCUCGCCGCCGUUCACCGAGACUCACAAAACGGUUAUUUGCAAUUUGUUGAAAUUGUCCACCGCUCAUUACAGUGUCGUUCGAGCCCCAGCACAAAUGCGGCUGUUCAGCAUGCUCAACACAUACCAGUUUUCGUAUAAAUGCAUUCUAGACGAUAUUGUUAACUAUCUGGCACUGGAUUCGAAUCAAAAUCAUGAAAGUUUUAAAGGAAUUUUGUUUGUGAUCGGCGGGACUCGUCGUGGUCGUUUGAUCGUUCGUAAUAACUUGGAGGCGGUGAAAAAAAUUUGGUUGGCCUUGCUGAAAACGAAUCUAUCGGAAAAGCCAUCGGUGGUACGGUUGUUAGACAUGAUUGUCGAAGCGAUCAAAAGUGAAUUUCCAACGCUGGCAAUUGAGCUUCACAUUCCGGAUAAUUGUAUUGACACUGCAUUAAAAUUAGCCACCGAUCCGGCAAUUGUUACCGCUGCGGAUAUUGCCCAAGGUAAAGAUCUGUUAGCCAAACAUAAUGCGAAGAAUUUGCAACUAUACCACGACAUGUUGAGCUCGAUACUGGAGAUUACGCACAACAAUUCGCUGCAUUGGCGAUACGGUUUGAUAGCAUCGAAUAUGAUCGCAAAUCUAGUGCACCCAUUUGUCAACUAUCCGCCGGAUAUCAUUCGUUACACUGUGCACAAUCUCAUCAACGAAUCUAUUGAGGAACGUAAAAUUGCCGUGCAAAUCGUUCGCUUUAUUAUGAAGCAACAGAAACGGGAGCACAUUAAGCUCUCCAUCGAUCCAUAUCAAAUAGCCGGUGUGCCCAAGCCAACCGGGAAGUUGACGCCUGGAAUACGAGACGAUAAUCGAUGGUUAUUGUACGACUUGAAAACUUUGCCAUCAAAUCAAGUGGAAUGGGACGAGCCGAGAUAUUCACACAAAUCGGAGGGCUUCUUCGGUUGGUCAACUUCAUUCAAAAUUUAUGCUCCGUCCGCACAACAGCCCAACAUUGAUAGAACGCGAGACGAAAUGUCCGUUCAGGAGCAAAUUAUUUUCGAUUUCUUUUCGAACGCAAGCAAUUUCGAUAAGUUGAUUGCGUUCUGGUCGCUGGAAGAGAAAAAGGGCAAGGAGAAAUUUAACCGGUCCAGAACGUUUCUGGUGAAAGGAUUGGUUAGUAUGUUCGGUGAAGCGUUAACGGACACGCUAUGCGGUCACAUCCAACGACUGAUCGAUAUUAAAGACGCUGAAUCAAAUCAUCGGUGUGCAGCUGAACUGAUGGCGGGAGUGAUGAGAGGAUUGAAACAUUGGCCAUACGAUAAAACGGAAAGAAUUUACGAGAAAAUGAAACCGUUGAUUCGGUCAGCCUUGAAUAAUAUCACCGUGGAAACGGAUGUGUUUUGGGGAACGUGUUUUGCCACAGCAGCAGAAAACUUUGAUCCCAGGCGACAGUACUGGUUGCACGAGGUAUUGAUGGAGGAACCCCUCCGGGAGACGACCAGUUUUGUUGACUGCUCGCGGAUAUAUUGCCUACAAGGUCCCUUCAACCAGCAUGUGUGGCGUAUGUCUACAGUAGCACAUCGACUAUUUGAUUACCUACGGCCCUACUUGAAUCAUUCAUUUCAAAAUGUGCGAGAACGACUAGGAAGCAUUCUGAUAAAUAUCUUCGAGGCAGAUAUACCAUUUGUCGGAGCCAACGACCCUGAGUGUCCUCGCAUCGAAACUGUGAUACACGAAAUUCUGGGGAAAAUAAAUAUUUUAAGCGAAGGCGUACAACAGGUGAAAAGUGGUGAACGAGAUUCCGAUGAUACUGCCAUGGACACAGAGUUCGACAAAGCUGUUCGACUUUUUAAAACAGUGAGUCAAUGGCUCAUCGGCGUUCUGAACCGAAACACCAACGGCAACAUUGCGGCAUAUUUCGAAUUGCUACCAUUCGCGUGUCUACUGGAACGUUGCGAACAGGAUGUGGAGCUCGGUGAAACGUGCUCAUCACUAAUCGCCAUGAUAUCGCAGGCGUUAACCUUAAGCGAUUGUAUGGGCUUUGCAUUGCAGAAAGUUGGCGAAGUGUCGCUGAUGUCGUCAUGGUCGGCUCGGCUGGCCGUUAUUGAUCUGUUGCAAGUAUUGGUUUUCAACAAUAUGUCCAUUGUUUUGAGUCGAGACGAAUGGGUAGCGGAAGUACAGACAAUUGUGCUGCGUUUGCUGGAGGAUUCUGUACUGGAGGUGCGCGAAAAAGCAGCACAGGUACUCGGUGGUUUGUUGCACUGUUCAUUUUUGCCGGCGACAGACAAAUUGCUUGAACUAUUCAAAAACAAGUGCCGAACCAAAGUCAUCAAAAGCUCAACUCGUCGUGUGCUAGCCAAUUGUUCACUGGAAGCAUCCAAAUCGUCAAAUCCAAUUCUAAUUGAUAACAGAGACGCCGAAUCAUCCGUUCGUAUGCGGCACGGUGGCGUUCUGGGCUUGUGUGCAUUCAUAUCUGCCUAUCCGUAUGACAUACCGGACUUUGUUCCGGAUGUCUUCGAACAUUUGGGUGCUCAUUUAAAUGAUCCACAACCCAUACCGUCGACGAUUCGAAAAACCGUUGGUGACUUUAAGCGCACCCAUCACGAUAACUGGGCAACACAUCAGCUGAAAUUCAGUGAAAAUCAAUUAGCCGUUCUGAGUGAUUUGACCAUUCCGCCAUCGUACUACGCCUGAUGUGUCACUUUCGAUUUGUUUUGUUGUUGAAAUUUGUAUUUGAUGAAAAACAGAGACCAGUUCGGACAUUUAUGUGGAAGUAUGUUUAAUUUCGUUAAAUAAAAUGGUUAUCGGUGAACGUACAUUGUAAAUAUAUGGAGCGUUGUCCUUCUUCUUUCUUUUUUUAAAUAAAAUUUAAUAAAUCA